GCGGGCAGCAUGGCGGGUGGGAUGGGUAGCGAGGGCGCCCCGCGGGGCUCCCGGCCUCCCGCCGCCCUCUGCGCGUAGCCUUCGCGGGGGGUGCCUCCCUGUCCUGCGGGGGCGGUCGUCUUCCCAAGCGGAAGGGGAAGCUCAGAGGGCGGCGGGGGCGCGGCCACCUGCUGGAGCCCGGGCUUGUGCACCUGCGGCGGGUGGGCGUGGAGCCUGGUUCGGGGACAGAGACUGGCGAGUGCCCCGACGGCCCGUCUUCUCGGUGCAGCCCGCACGUCUGCACACGCGCGCCCUGGAGCGGCUUCUGAGGGCUCCCCGUGAAGGCGGCGGGCACGCGCGGGCGCCUGCUCGGGUGGGCGUGCUCGUGCCUCUGUGCGAAUACCAGGCAGUGCUAAUGCUGGAGCAUGAGCACCUCCGACACGGUUUGAGUGACCUUUUUUCCUCUCUUUGCUUGGUAAACGUUAAAGUGCCACUGAAAAGACCCAUCCAUGGAAGGCAAACCCUUGCUGACUUCCAAACAGAAGACGGAAGUGGUGUGUGGGGUCCCCACGCAGGUGGUCUGCACAUCCUUCAGCAGUCAUAUCCUGGUGGUGGUGACCCAGUUCGGGAAGAUGGGUACCCUGGUCUCCCUGGAGCCCAGCACCGUGGCUGGUGACAUCAGCAAGCCCGUGCUCACCACCAAAGUCCUUCUUGGGCAGGACGAGCCUCUCAUCCACGUCUUUGCAAAGAACCUGGUGACGUUUGUGUCUCAGGAGGCUGGAAACAGAGCAGUCCUCCUGGCCCUGGCCGUGAAGGACAGGAGUGUGGAGGGGCUGAAGGCCUUGAAGGAGGUGAUCCAGUCCUGCCAGGUGUGGUGACCCUGGAGCCAGCAGCUGCGCCUGCUACUCAGCAAGCCGAGGGGACACGCGGAUACUCUCUCGAUAUGGAAACACUCCCUCGGUUAGGCAGGAGGAGCAGCUCUGGCUUAGCUCUAGAAGCCAGAGGAAAUAUGCACGUCCCAGGCAGACCCGUACUUUGGGCGCUAACAUACCCGCGGAUGGAGGAAAGCUGAGGAUUGUGUCUUGGGGGGUUGUGAAUGGUUUUUACUAGGGUCCAAACAGCUGCAUGUAUUCAAGACUGAGAGAUGAGUCAUUAGGUUGGAGUCCUGGCUCUCCGUGUGCAGUAUCUGUCGCUGAAUGAAAUUUUUUUUAUUCACAAUAAAUGCCUAUCCCCAAAUAA